CAGCAGGGCUCAGGGUUGGUUUUUUUUUUUUUUUUUUUUUUCCAGUGGAAUCUUUCCCGUGAUCCGGUUGGUUUCUCUCCACGUUUUCCCUUCCAGCCCUCCACUUCUUCGGAUCAAUGGAUGUUACAGCUCUAACUCCCAUCUCACAUACUGCUGGUGGACAGCUCCAGUAACAAGUGAGAGCUUUACAUCCCCUUUUUCUUUCCCCUUCUUUUUCCCCCCACACCAACAUCUGCCAACAAGGAAGAAAAUCACAAGCUUUCCCUUUUGUAUUCUUCUGAUUUUUAAUUUUUUUUAUAAAUACAUAUAUAUUUUGUACUUUGCCCAGCUGUGGAAAUGGAGCAACCCCCAAUCUUUUGAUGCACCCUGGUUCGCUUUUUUUUGCAGUAUUUUUCCAUGUAUGGUUUUCCAGCAGUGGGAGCACUGUUCCCCACCUUUCCCCCUUUUCCUUGAGUUUGUUUCCUAACAUAAUCUGGAGGCUUGGCAGCUCUUGGACUGAAUAUAACUUUUUCCCUCCACAUCCCCCAACUCCCCCUUUUGCUGAGCUUUGUCAGUGGGGACUGGAGAAAGAAAAAACAGAAGAGGAGGAGGCAGAAGGGGCUGUGUGUGUGAUUGUUGCUGGUGCUCAGGACCCAAAUCUCUGUAGGUGUGUGUUGAAAUAUGGAGAAUAGUCUUGGAUGUGUCUGGGUACCAAAGCUGGCUUUUCUACUCUUCGGAUUUUCUCUGAUCAGCCUGAAUCUUCAAGUCACCGGUUCACAAGUUAAGGGUUUUACAUCAUUGCGGUUCCUGACUGAGCCUUCAGAUGCUGUCACCAUGCGUGGAAGUAAUGUGCUGCUGAAUUGCAUAGUGGAGUCAGAUCAAGGAAUUCCUGUCAUCAAGUGGAAGAAAGAUGCAGUCUUCUUAAAUCUGGCAGUGGAUGAAAGGAGACAGCAGAUGGCCAAUGGUUCCCUUUUGAUACAAAGCAUAGUCCAUUCCAGGCACCAUAAGCCAGAUGAGGGUCUCUACCAAUGUGAGGCCUCUUUAGAAGGUAUUGGGGCUAUCAUCAGUCGGACAGCUAAAGUCACUGUAGCAGGACCAUUGAGGUUUCUUUCCCAGACAGAAUCUGUCACAGCUUUUGCAGGAGACACAAUUUUGUUAAAGUGUGAAGUAGUUGGAGAGCCUAUGCCGAUGGUACACUGGCAAAAAAACCUGGAAGACCUGAUCCUGAGCCCGAGUGACACCCGAGUGGCUGUCUUGCCCUCUGGAGCUUUACAGAUUAGCAGAAUCCAAGCAGGAGACAGUGGGAUCUAUAGAUGCCUUGGAAAAAAUCCUGCUAGUUCAAGAACUGGAAAUGAAGCAGAAGUCAGAGUUUUGACUGAUCCAGGUUUGCACAGACAGCAAUUUUUCCUGCAGAGACCAUCAAAUGUGGUAGCCCUUGAGGGAAAAGAUGCCGUUCUUGAGUGUUGUGUUUCUGGGUUUCCCACACCCACCUUCACAUGGAUGCGAGGAGAUGAAAUUAUUCCUGUCAGAUCCAAAAAAUAUUCAUUAUUGGCUGGCAGUAACUUACUUAUUUCUAAUGUGACUGAUGACGAUUCUGGGACAUACACUUGCAUUGUCAGCUACAAGAAUGAGAACAGUAGUGCCUCUGCCCAGCUCACAGUUAUGGUUCCUCCGUGGUUUUUAAAUCACCCUUCAAACCUCUAUGCCUAUGAAAGUAUGGACAUUGAGUUUGAAUGUGCUGUCUCUGGUAAGCCUGUCCCUACCGUGGAUUGGAUCAAGAAUGGAGAAGUGGUCAUUCCUAGUGAUUAUUUUCAGAUAGUGGGUGGCAGCAACUUGCGGAUUCUGGGCCUUGUAAAGUCAGAUGAAGGUUUUUACCAGUGUGUAGCUGAAAAUGAUGCCGGGAAUGCACAGACCAGCGCACAGCUAAUCAUCCCUGAGCCGGCUAUCCCAAGUUCCAGUGUCCUCCCCUCUGCUCCCCGAGAUGUGGUCCCUGUUUUGGUCUCCAGUCGAUUUGUCCGUCUCAGUUGGCGCCCACCUGCAGAAACUAAAGGGAAUAUCCUGGCAUACACUGUCUACUUCUCCAGGGAAAGCAUCAACAGGGAACGGGCACAGAACACAACACAGUCUGAGACACUUCAGCUUACAGUGGGAAAUCUGAAACCAGAGGAGACCUACACGUUCCGAGUGGUGGCAUACAAUGAAUGGGGACCAGGAGAGAGCUCGCAAUCCAUCAAGGUUGCCACGCAGCCUGAAUUGCAAGUUCCAGGGCCAGUGGAAAACCUGCGGGCUGUAUCUACCUCACCUACCUCAGUUCUUCUUUCCUGGGAACCCCCUGCCUAUGCAAAUGGUCCAGUCCAAGGUUACAGAUUGUUCUGCACAGAGACUGUUACUGGAAAAGAACAGAAUAUAGAGGUUGAUGGACUAUCAUACAAACUGGAGGGGCUGAAAAAAUUCACGGAAUACACCUUACGAUUCCUGGCUUAUAACCGAUAUGGCCCUGGGGUAUCCACUGAAGAUCUUACUGUCAUGACGCUUUCUGAUGUACCAAGUGCAAUGCCUCAGAAUGUCUCCUUGGAAGUGGUUAAUUCAAGGAGCAUCAAAGUUAGUUGGCUACCUCCACCAUCAGGCACACAAAAUGGAUUUAUUACUGGCUAUAAAAUCCGACACAGAAAGACUACCCGCAGGGGUGAGAUAGAAACACUGGAGCCAAACAACCUCUGGUACUUGUUCACAGGACUUGAUAAAGGAAGCCAGUACAGUUUCCAGGUAGCUGCCAUGACAGUCAAUGGGACAGGACCCUCCUCGGACUGGUAUACAGCAGAAACUCCAGAGAAUGAUCUUGAUGAAUCUCAGGUUCCUGAUCAGCCAAGCUCUCUUCAUGUCAGGCCAUUGACAACCAGUAUCGUCAUGAGUUGGACUCCACCGCUGAAUCCAAACAUUGUUGUACGCGGAUACAUCAUUGGCUAUGGAGUGGGCAGCCCAUAUGCUGAGACAGUGCGAGUAGACAGCAAACAGCGCUACUAUUCCAUUGAAAACUUGGAGCCAAGUUCCCAUUAUGUAAUUUCUUUAAAAGCCUUUAACAACGUGGGUGAAGGAGUCCCUCUCUAUGAAAGUGCCACCACUAGAUCAUUGACAGAUCCCAUUGAUCCAUUAGAAGUUGAUUUUUAUCCUUUGCUUGAUGAUUUCCCUACCUCAGUCCCAGAUAUCUCCACCCCCAUGCUCCCACCAGUAGGUGUCCAGGCUGUUGCACUUACCCAUGAUGCAGUGAGAGUCAGCUGGGCAGACAACUCUGUCCCAAAGAAUCAAAAGACUACUGAGGUUCGCUUUUACACUGUCCGUUGGAGAACCAGCUAUUCUACAAGUGCUAAAUACAAGUCAGCAGAUACAACAGCUUUGAGCCAUAGUGUAAUAGGCCUUAAGCCAAACACUAUGUAUGAAUUCUCUGUCAUGGUAACAAAAGGUCGAAGGUCAAGCACGUGGAGCAUGACUGCACAUGCCACAACAUAUGAAGCAGCACCAACCUCUGCUCCCAAGGAUUUGACAGUCAUUACUCGGGAAGGGAAGCCUCGAGCUGUCAUUGUCAGCUGGCAGCCUCCAUUAGAAGCCAAUGGAAAAAUUACUGCUUAUAUUCUGUUCUACACCUUGGACAAGAAUGCUCCAAUUGAUGACUGGGUUAUGGAGUCAAUCAGUGGUGACCGACUUACUCAUCAAAUCAUGGACCUCAACCUAGAUACUGUGUAUUACUUUAGAAUCCAAGCUCGCAAUGCCAAAGGAGUGGGACCGCUCUCUGACCCUAUUCUCUUCCGGACUCUGAAAGUCGAGCACCCUGACAAAAUGGCUAAUGACCAAGGUCGUCAUGGAGAUGGGGCCUAUUGGCCAGUUGACACGAACUUGAUUGACAGAAGCAGCCUCAAUGAACCUCCCAUAGGGCAGAUGCACCCUCCACAUGGCAGUGUAACGCCUCAGAAGAACAGCAACCUUCUAGUAAUCAUUGUGGUCACCGUUGGGGUCAUUACGGUGGUGGUGGUGGUGAUCGUGGCUGUGAUCUGCACCAGGCGUUCUUCAGCACAACAGAGGAAAAAGCGUGCUACCCAUAGUGCUGGUAAAAGGAAGGGCAGCCAGAAAGACUUGAGGCCCCCAGACCUCUGGAUACACCAUGAAGAGAUGGAGAUGAAGAAUAUUGAAAAGCCGUCAGGUUCUGACCCCUCAGGAAGAGACUCGCCGAUGCAGAGCUGUCAAGACAUCACACCAGUCAGCCACAGCCAGUCUGAAACUCAGCUGGGCAGCAAGAGUGCCUCACAGUCUGGUCCUGACACGGAGGAUGUGGGAAGUAGCAUGUCCACGUUAGAGCGCUCGCUUGCUGCCCGCAGAGCCACUCGUGCCAAGCUCAUGAUUCCGAUGGAUUCACAACCAAACAACCCUCCUGUUGUCAGUGCCAUCCCAGUGCCAACACUAGAAAGUGCCCAGUACCCAGGAAUUCUGCCAUCGCCAACAUGUGGAUAUCCACACCCGCAGUUCACCCUCCGGCCCGUGCCAUUCCCAACACUCUCUGUUGACCGAACCUUUGGAACAGGAAGAACGGUGAGUGAAGGACCAGUCCCACAACAGCCAUCCAUGCUGCCACAGACACAGCCUGAACAUGCCAGCAAUGAGGACGCCCCAAGCAGAACGAUUCCCACAGCCUGUGUCCGGCCUACGCACCCUCUCCGCAGCUUUGCCAACCCCUUGCUACCUCCACCAAUGAGUGCAAUAGAACCGAAAGUCCCUUAUACACCACUUUUGUCUCAAACAGGGCCUAAUCUUCCCAAGGCUCAGGUUAAAACAGCAUCACUUGGAUUAGCUGGAAAAGCACGAUCCCCUCUGCUUCCAGUCUCGGUGCCAACAGCCCCAGAAGUGUCAGAAGAGGGCCACAAACAGACAGAGGAUCCAGCUAACGUAUAUGAACAGGAUGAUCUGAGUGAACAAAUGGCCAGUUUGGAGGGGUUAAUGAAGCAACUUAACGCUAUUACAGGCUCAGCCUUCUAACAGCUGUUGAUGAAUAGAUAAAUUGUAUUAUCCAGGAACAUUGCAGCAUACAAGUACUUCAUAUAUGCCACACACAUACACAACCCCAUAAAACCACCUUUUCUGCAGUACCAUUCAUUCAACGUAAGGAAGAGUCUUGAUGAGUCCUAAAAAAUAAAUAACAAAAAAUAUGCUACAUUACCAUAGAUCAAGCAUCUAAAGCAAUUAAAGUGCAGCCCUUGCAAAUAAGUGAAACAACUACAGCAGAGACCAAGGUGAUGCCACUUGAUUGCUCAUUUUGAUCUGUUAGCCUUUGUAAUACUUGAGGUGUCAUGACUAUCUCACAUUUUACUUAAUAGAGGUGUAUAGUUCUUGGUGAAAAUCUAGUUUUACGUCAGUCAAAUGUAUUUUUAAACAUAUACCAUGCCAUAAUUUGUCAGGGUGGAAGUUCACUCUUUGGUUUUUUUUUGUUUUUUAUAUACUUUUUUUACAUGAAAGCACCUGUAACAAAUAAUCACGACAUAGCACCAAAGGAUCGGAAGUGUUACCAACAGCACAAAACCAGACAAAUAACUCCCAUUUCUUUUGUAAUUUCAAUCACUCAUCUUGCACAAGCGGUAUGCAUUAGCGAGUUGCUGUAAAAUCCACCCAUUUUUGCAAGUAUUUGGAAAUCCUCCCAUAGGUAACAUUUUAUAUCUGGCUACAGAGAACGGGAACAUAAAAAAACCUGCAUUGGUGGCACGCUGCCAGCUGCCGUAUGCUUACAAAAAGAAGAUAUGAUAUGCAAUCUUCUCUGACACACACUAAUGAUGUGCUUAAACUUGGAAUAGAACACUUCUAAAUAUGGGUGGCCUUUGUGCCAGACUGCACUGUGAUGACAUUUGAAAGCUCCUCCAGGGCCAACUUUCACAGCAGCAAAGAGGAAAACGGGGUGAAGUUCCUCCCAUCCUUUCUCUACUGCUCCACCUCUUGUUUGAGACUGCUCAGUUCCAUUAACUCUGUGAUUCAGUCACCAAUGGCUUCUCCUUAACUCAGUGAAGGCUGCAGAAAUUGGAAAGCAACCCUCGGUCAGGCACAGUGAAAGAUAAGACUUAUUGGUUAACAGUGAUGGACACAUCACAGUUUUUACAGAGAAGCAACAAAUCCAAGAAAAUGAAUUCAGAAACUGUGUUGCAUAAUUGGGAAACAAAUUACAGGUGCUUGAUUGCAGUAAAAUAUUCCUUGUUCAGUCAUAGUUAAAAAACAACCAACCAAUCACAAUUUAGCAUCAGGACACUGCUGUGAACUUAGAGGAACCCUUUCAGUGUUUUCCUCCCUCUUCUAGUAGUCUAGCUUCAUAUUACAGCGUUUAUUGAUAACUAUAACUGUUUGAAUUGACUAAAUUUUGUGAGCAUACUUUUUAUUGCUGAAUUUUCAGCUGCAUUCAGAGUUAAUCCCUGUUUAUGCAGCUGAAUCACCAAAAGGGAACUAAUUUGCAUAUUUAUCAGUUAGGAGGCUGCAAAACUCAAUAAGAGAGUUUCAGAUGAAUUACUCCAUUCAGUUCUGCCUUUGAUUUCAAGCUUGAGUAGGUCAUAAUUUUAAAAGAGCAUGGAAGGGCCGGGAUCUUUACAACCUAAUAGUUCCUUUUAUUAGGUGGGUAAUUAUAUGUGAAUCCCUGAAUAAAAUAUUUGGUGUAAAAUGGCACUGUAACAGAAGUAAUAAUUCAGAUUAUUUUCUACAGUCAUGUAUUGGAGAGGAAAUCAGAUGUGAAGGAUGGAAUUCAAAUGCUUCAUUAGGAACUCUAGUGUGUUUGUGAAAAUGUUCCUUACCAAAAUAUAUUUUUAUUCAAUUGACUAAGAUUUUAGUCAGAUAUUUCCUAAGAGUUAAGAAGGUGAGAGGUUGAGUUUUUAUGUUCUGUUAGAUUUGUAACUAAGAACUUCCACUGAAAACAAAGCAAGCAAAUCUGUCAUGAUGACAACCAAAUUCAUAGCCUUGGUAUUGGAUCCCAUGAUGUCCAGCCUACUACCUUGUUUCUGCAAGGCAGGUUUCAAUACAGCUUCUGAAAAAGAGCCUCUUCCCUUCUAGCACAGAUUGUCAAUUAUUUUGAAAUGGGACCAUACGGCCAAAUUCUGCACUCCCUUAUUCUGGAAUAAGUCUAAGUUACUCUGGAAAACAGUAUCUGACUCACAGGACUUUAACAAGGGGCUUUGAGCCAUAGAACAUUAACCCAAAACUGAAUAUAUCCAUGGUACAAAAUUACCUAAAAUAUGUGACGGGUGAACCCCAAAAGUUUUGACAGCUGGAUUUUGUUUGGAUAAGCAUCCUGAUAUUCAGAUGCUUAUUUGAACAUUGGUUAUGGUGUUGGCUGUCCUGUGUCCUUUCUUGUGAAUUGUAAAGCAUUGCCAUCUCUAAACUCAGUGAGAAACUGGAAAUUGAAAAAGAAAUGCAAAAUUUCAGAACCUGAAGAAGAUUCAGAAUAGGUUUGGUUUUAGAUAUCUGUGAGUCUUCAGGAAGAGGAGAUUCUUAAAUUUUACAUAGUAAUUCAGUCAUCCCUAGUCUGUGGGCAUUUGCAGUCAUACCUGCAAAUAUAAAGUAGCUAUUUAUUUAAUAAUCCUACUCAGAAUCUCUGGACUUCCUCUGAUAAAGUUUCUGAAGGGCAUUAUUGCCCAGAGAUCCUCAUUUUUCCUGUAGACCCAAGUUUAUUUUCAUUUAGCUUGAUAUAAGUCACAGGGCUACAGCUUCUUUUUUAGCUAUCAAGUGAAAUCUUAAAGGAGACUUAUGUGCAAAACCUAAACUGUAUAAACUGGAUUGGCAAGAGGAACAAAUUGAGGUAAUCUACCAAUGUUCAUAGCUUAGUACUUGGCUAGAGUAUUUGGAAAAUGGAGAAAUUAAAAAUUAAUCCAAAAACUCAGUUGGUUACUUUUUUAUGUGAAAUAUGUAUUCAAUAGGCACACUUCUACUUUUCCUGGCAAAUUUUAAACUCAACUUGCAGCAGAAGCAUCUUACUAACUAGAAUGAAAGGUUUUAGCAUUUCUUGGUAUUAGCUAAUAGAAUGAGCUGUUCUUUCCCAUAGUUUAUUUAUAGGAUAGAGAACACAGGAAUUUAUUUUAGCUCAGACUUUGUCCCCAGUCCUGCAAAGUUGUAUUGACUUAGAUGAGACAACUCACUUCCGUAAAGUUAAACAGACGGGUUUGAAGGACUGACGCCCACAUUAGGACUUCAAAAGAUAUUGACCUUCUACAUAAACAUCCAAACAUGGGAGACUCACAUGAGUGUAACGGCACAGAACCUUUAAAGGCAUAUUUUGAUAGUGCUACUUUUGCAGUGAAUUCAGCUGUAAAAUUUAUUUCAGUUUUGACUGAUUCCUAAGCUUUCAGAAAAUUUAAAAUGAAAAAUUAUUGACACUGAAUCAUUCUCUACCACAAACACCCUCGUAAAUGUAAAGAAAGAUAAAUCAACUUGUAACGAAUUUGUAAAGCUGCCAUGGGGAAGUAGCUAGCUAUUCACACCUAGGAAUGGUUUCCUUGGCUGCCAUUACAGGUAGCAGAUAGACUUUGCAGUCAACACUUCUGCAGCUGUAUAUCUUGUAUCAUAUUCAUUUUUCUGAGAAAGACUUCACAGAUGGAAUGCUGCCAAGAACUUCAUUGUUUAAGAAUCCUCUAGCUUGAGAACUUGGCUGUCAAAGUUAGUUUGGUGAUGGUUGGCUUUUUUUUUUUUUUUUUUUUUUGGAAGGCUUAGUUCAGGAAACCAUCCAAACAUUUAGUUACCUAUCUAAGGCCAUUUAUCCUUUUGGUUGGUAAACUAGCAGAAAAAUUGGUGUACUCCCAUAUGAUCUCCAUUACUUCAUGGUUUGGGCUGGAUAAUACUGCAAAAGCUGCCCAAACCAUGGUGUAUGGGAAUUUCUGCUUCCUGACCAGAAGAAGCCAUGAAUUGCAAAGUAUUGCAAACUGAAAUCAUUGUGGCUCCAUAUGAGUACAGCGGCCACCCAGGUGAUUGAGAUUGCAGUCUCAAAGGCCUAAUUUACCUUUUUGGAGUUUCAAAACAAUGUUACCAAUAGUUCAGGAGUUAUUACUCAUUUUCUCCAAACCAGUUAGCCCACCCCUAGUUGUGAACACAAUUCCCAGGUUAGUCUCACAACUUUGUAUUGUUUAACAAAUGAAAUCUGAAAACCACCCCACUAAUAUACAAAUAUACCACAAACAUAAAUAGCACCACUCUGAUUCCACUGAAGGAAAAACUCCAUUAACUUAAAUGGAAGAAGUAUGAUGGCCAAGUUAUUUGUACAUUCAAAGUUUGCCCUAAGAAUUUUUUUAACAUGAAGAGCAAAAUCAUAAUUUACUAAUCCCACAUUCUUAUUGUAAGAAUCGUUUGGUGAACUGUUGUGUUGAUAAAAGGCCUUGUCCUGCUCAGCACUGAAGUGAAUGGGAGCUUUGUCAUCGAGUUUGGUGGGAGCUGGUGAGUUUUAUAUUGCGUUAUAAAAAUGUCCUCUCUUAAAUGCAAUAUUAUUCUCAAGUCUGAUUUUCCACAGUGUUACUCCAGUUAUACAUUAAUGCAGACUCACUGCAAUCAACAGAAUUGAAUCAACAAAAACUAGAGUAACACACUUGAGAACCAAGGCAUCAGUUGUGAUACUUUAGAAAAUCAUGUCUCUUACUGUAUCAAGACUCAACCUCAUAAUGAAAUGAUUAUUUCCAUUAGAACAUUCUGAUCCUGUUUCCAGUAGCCCCUUAUCCCUUGUUAUUUGACAGCCAAAUAUCUUCACUGAAUCCUUUAAUAGGCAUGCCAAAUCUGUAUUUUAUUAAAAAUGGCUAGGCCCCAAUCUUGCAAACUUAGGGUUGUCAAUUUUGGUUGGAUGUAUUCCUGGAGGUUUCAUCACAUGACAUAAUCUUUAAUUAAAGAUAAAUCUUCGAUUCCUGGAGACUCCAGGACAAUCCUGGAGGAUUGGCAACUCCAUGCAAACACUUGUGCAUAUGUGUAACUUACUGCUGAGCCUACUCACGGUAAUAAAGUUAAGCACAUGCAUAUGUGUUUUCAGAGUCAGGGUGUUAAACAUUAUUGAAUCUAUAUAUAAGCAUGUAAAAAUAUGGAAAAUAAAAAUAUUUCAGGUCACAAACAUACACAUUGUACAGUGUAAAUAAGUAACAUAAAGGGUGGAUAAGAUGAAAAGCAUUCAAUAUUCUGUCAGAAAUGGAAGCACUGGAAACUGGAUAAAGGAAGCUGAUUAUUAGUAAAGCCACAAACUACUGAAAGUGUUCAGAGAUUAUUUUUCUUAUCUGUUUGACUUGUCUCUCUGUUGGCCAGCAAGUGUCCUGUCUGAUUUCAAGUUGAAUUUGCUCAGUCUUUCUUUUUAGAUCUCAGCAGACAGCAUUUUAAGCAUCUUCAUUCUGACCUUUUUUGAUUGGAGAGAAACAAUAACAAUACAGUACAUCUGUCAUAAAGCGGCACAGGCCAGAGUCUCUCACUGUAUGCUGUACACGUAUUUUGAAGUGCAAGAAAGCAAUGUUGGUAGAAGAAGGGAAAACUGCUGUUUUUAUUAUUGUAAAAUAUACCUGGCAAUUCCUACAUUUUUGAAUUGUCACCAUGUGUAGGAUGGGAGGGUUGGGGGGAAGGGUGUACUUUUUAUAAGUAAUAUUUAAUUUAUUAUUUAGAGUGUUUUCUUUUGGAUAAUUUAUGAUAAAAGGGAGAUCUGGUUGGAAACCUAGAGUUGGCUGUUAAAGCUGCUGUGUCCCAUGUCUCAGUGUGUUGUGUUUUGAAACUAUAUUAUUCAGACCUAACUAUAAGAAUACUCAAGAGUAACUGGCAAAGAUAUCUUGCUAAAUAUUCACUGGUAUCUGCCACUGAGGUCACACAAAAGAUGGUGUCUGUGAAACACUGACAUAAACUGUUAAUUAAUCGUUACAACAUUAAGGAAAACAGUGCUCUCUCUUCCUUUAAAGGGCUUUGCAAGGUAAUUCAAACAAAUUGUUAGCCUACUAGUGAUACCUUAAUCUGGUCGAAAUGGGUUACACUACAGCUUUAACUAGCCUUAGUUUAAAAAAAAAUCUUGUUGUUACAAAAGGCCUAAAAAUGGCAUUUUGAGCCUAUAAACAGUUUCUUUAAAUUGUCAAAUUCUAGCAUUGUUAACCAAAUUAGACUAGUGACUGCAAUAUUUAAGUGUAAAUCUCGUUCUAUGCGAAAGGAAACUUGCUUACGAUGUAAAAAUAAAUGACUGUUUCUACACACACUCUUGUAUACUGCUACAUGAAGAAAAAGGGGGUUUUGUAAUGCACUGUAGAACAGUCUCAUAUUCAUUUUUAUAGAAAUGUUAUUCCAAUGGUGCAUUUUUUUGUUUAAUAAAUAAAGUUUUGAUACAAACGUC